AGUUUGCCUUAAAAAGGAAGGAAAGAUAUAAAUGGCGCUGAAACAGGACCCAAAGCCCAAAUUCCAGGAGGGUGAGCGAGUGCUGUGCUUUCAUGGGCCUCUUCUCUAUAAAGCAAAGUGUGUAAAGGUUGCCAUAAAGGACAAACAAGUGAAAUACUUUAUACGUUACAGUGGUUGGAAUAAAAAUUGGGACGAAUGGGUUCCAGAAAGCAGAGUACUCAAGUACGUGGACACCAAUCUGCAGAAACAGCGAGAACUUCAAAAAGACAAUCAGGAGCAGUAUGCAGAGGGGAAGAUGAGAGGUGCUGCCCCAGGGAAGAAGACCGCCGGCCUGCAGCAGAAAAAUGUUGAAGUGAAAACCAAAAAGAACAAACAGAAAACACCUGGAAAUGGAGAUGGUGGCAGUACCAGCGAGACACCUCAGCCUCCUCGCAAGAAAAGGGCCCGAGUGGAUCCUACCGUUGAGAAUGAGGAAACAUUCAUGAACAGAGUUGAAGUGAAAGUAAAGAUUCCUGAAGAAUUAAAACCGUGGCUUGUUGAUGAUUGGGACUUAAUUACCCGGCAAAAACAGCUGUUUUAUCUUCCUGCCAAGAAGAACGUGGAUUCCAUUCUAGAGGAUUAUGCAAAUUACAAGAAAUCUUGAGGAAACACAGAUAAUAAGGAGUACGCUGUGAAUGAGGUGGUGGCCGGCAUAAAGGAGUACUUCAAUGUGAUGCUGGGGACUCAGCUGCUCUACAAAUUUGAGAGGCCGCAGUACGCUGAGAUUCUCGCAGACCACCCGGACGCGCCCAUGUCCCAGGUGUACGGGGUGCUGCAUCUACUGAGAUUGUUUGUACGAAUUGGAGCCAUGUUGGCCUAUACUCCUCUGGACGAGAAGAGUCUUGCAUUGUUGCUGGAUUAUCUUCAUGACUUCCUAAAAUACCUGGCAAAGAAUUCUGCAACCUUGUUUAGUGCCAGUGAUUAUGAAGUUGCCCCGCCUGAGUACCAUCGGAAAGCUGUGUGAGGCGAGGCGCUGACGCUGUUUGGAUUUCUGUAAACACAUUUUUGUUUAGUCCUCCUCUUGUACAAAUGAUGUACUUUGCAAAUGUUAGUAUAUAACAGAAUU